CACUCAGGGGCAGUUCCUCGUCUCCUUCUGUUCAUUCUUCUACAGAUAGAAAAUUCAUCCUGUAAUCCUUACUCAGCUCAAUACUUUUGCAUUUCUUCUUCCUUGGUGCCAUCAAAGAGCCAUAUAUGGCGAACCCCACUUCACUCGUGGCAAAACCAUUCUGGACGGGAUCAUUAAGACAGCUUUCGACUUGAUCAAGGAGACAUAUUCUUCUAUCCAUGGCGUAAAGAAAGAUGUAGAGCGCCUCUCAAGUAAUCUCACUUCUAUCAGAGGGGUGCUUGAAGAUGCGGAGAACAAGCAAGGGACCAAUCCACAACUGAAAGAUUGGCUCGGAAAGCUCAAGGAGGCAGCUCUUGAUGCUGAGGACAUACUGGAAACUUUUGCUGCAGAAGCUUAUCAUCACAGGAAAAAGCGGCAGAGUGCGGUACGUAGAUCAUCCUCUAAAUAUGAUACUGCAAAUAAGAUCAAGGAUAUUUCAAACAGAUUUGAUGAAAUUGCUAAAGAAAAAGAACAAUUCCAUCUCGACAUCCAAGUCUUCCAAGAUAAUGGCGUCAGGUCUGUGACCCCAAACUAUACGGGCUUUUUUGUGGACAAGUCAGAUGUAGUUGGUAGGGAGGUUGAUAAAGAAAGAAUAACACAUAUGAUACUAUCGAAUGAAUUCGAUAAAGAAGGCGACGUUUCUGUGAUUCCAAUCAUAGGGAUGGGAGGCCUGGGCAAAACAACUCUUGCUCAGCUUGUCUUCAACGACGAGAGGGUAAGUGCCCAUUUCGAAUCAAGAAUGUGGGUCUGUGUCACAGCUGAGUUUGACCUCACGAGGAUUCUUAAAGAAAUGAUUCAAUUUCAUUCUAAGAUGAAAUUGGAUGACAGCUCCACAAGCCACCUACAGUCCCGGCUUUUGGAUUUCAUGAGAGGACAAUGUUUCUUACUUGUUCUAGAUGAUGUCUGGACCCAGGAAUACGAAGAAUGGGAUUCCCUGCGAGUUCUCUUGAAACAGGGGGCAAAGGGUAGCAGAGUUUUGGUAACCAGUCGGAUUACCACGGUUGGGAAUGUUGUAGGCACUCAACCUUCUCAUUGUUUGGAUUAUUUGCCUGAAGGUGAAUGUUGGUCCUUGUUUGCAAAGAUUGCAUUUGGGAAUAUUGGCACUACUUUAUCCAGCGAAACGCGGAGAUACUUGGAAGAUAUUGGUAGAGAAAUUGUUAGAAAGUGCCAAGGUCUCCCGUUGGCAGUCAAGGCAAUGGGAGGUCUCUUGCGCGGUCACGUUGAUGUAAGCAUAUGGAGGCAAAUUCAAAGUAGUGAAAUAUGGGAAAUAGAAGACAAGCUCAAAGUUAUGGCUAUUCUAAAAUUGAGCUAUGACCACCUGCCUGCUCAUCUAAAGCCUUGUUUUGAGUACUGCUCCUUAUUUCCUAAAUCCAACGUGUUCUGUAAGACAGAUUUGGUCAAACUCUGGAUAGCGCAAGGAUUUAUACAAUCCAAUAUUGGAUAUGAUACGAUGGAGGAGGCUGGAAUUGCAUAUUUUAGUGAGCUUUUAAUAAGGUCCUUCUUUCAACCUUCAAGCAUUGACAACAAUGAGAUAUUCAGCAUGCACGAUCUUAUCCAUGACUUGGCACAAUCAAUAUCAAGCCCCAAUUGCUGUCAGGUGAAGGACAGCAAGUUAUGCAGUUUCUCUGAACAACCUCGUCAUGUCUUCUUGCUCAGUAAAGAUGUCGAGCAGCCCAUGUUGGAGCCCAUGUUGAAGAUUGUCAAUAAUGCUACGAAGCUGCGCUCACUUCUACUGCCUAGUGGCCACUUGAAAAACUUUGGUCAAGCCCCUGACAAUGUGUUUGUUAAAUUGAAAUACAUACGUGUGUUGGAUCUUAGUUCAAGCCAGAUCUCGAAAUUGCCCGACUCAAUCGAAGAGUUGAAGCUGUUGCGCUACCUUGACCUCUCUAAAACAGAAAUCAGUGACCUACCCAACUCAAUUUGCAAUCUCUUCAAUUUGCAAACAUUGAAACUCUUGGGGUGUGCUUGGCUUUCUGCUUUGCCCAAGGACUUGGGGAAUUUGGUUAAUCUUCGACAUCUUGAGCUCGAUGAUAUGUUCUGGUUCAAGCUCUCCAUGUUGCCACCAAAUAUGGGGAACUUAACCAGUCUGCACAAUUUGCCCGUGUUUCAGGUUGGCCACAAGAAAGAAUAUGGAAUUGAACAAUUGGGGAAAAUGGCGUAUCUUUCAGGAACGUUGCAUAUCUCAAAGCUGGAGAAGGCUGUUAAUGCAGGAAACGCCAAGUUGAAUGAGAAGAAGAGCCUUGACAAGUUGGUGUUUGAAUGGAGUGACAGAGUUGACAAAACACAAGAUGAAGCAACUGAAAACAGUGUACUCAAAGAUCUACAACCUCACGCAAACCUCAAAGAGCUCCAAAUUUUACACUAUAGGGGCAAUGAAUUUCCUGCUUGGAUGAAUGAAGGGAGGCUCCAAAAUUUAGUUAGUCUAACCUUGAAUGGUUGCCUCAAAUGCAAAAGCCUCGAUCUAGGUGAUCAGUUACCCAAUCUUCGAGAGCUCUACAUCAAAGGUAUGCAGGAGUUAGAGAAAUGGCCAGAGGUCGAAUGCUAUUCCCUUCGCCUGCUAAAGUUGAGUAAUUGUCCCGAGCUAAGGGAGUUGCCUAACAUCUUUCCAAAUUUAGAUUACAUGAAGAUUAAGAGCUGUAAUUCCUUAAGGGCUCUUCCAGUGGUCCCAUAUUUGCAGAUUCUAAUACUUAUCGACAAUCUUAUUCUGGAGGAUUGGAAUGAAGUAAAUCUGGUGCUGGAAGAUUAUAAUGAUCGCAAACCCUCUUUGAUUGAAUUGUUAGAACUGAAAGUAAUAAGCUGCCCCAAGCUGCAGGCACUGCCACUUAUCUUCUCUCCAAAAAAGCUGGAGAUCCGUGGGUGUGAGUUGCUGACCACUCUCCCACCACCACACCAGGCCCAGCGUCUUGAGCAUUUAGUACUGGAUGCAUCUCAUGAUGGAGCAUUAGUGAGGGCAAUACCAGAUCCCGGCUCUCUACACUCGUUGGUUAUUUCCAGCAUCUCAAACAUAUCCUCACUUCCGAAAUGGCCCAAACUUCCAGGGCUCAAGGCGUUGUACAUUCGUGAUUGCAAAGAUCUGGUGUCCUUGUCCGAUGGAGAAGAAGGGUCAUUGCGAACAUUGACCUCUCUCAAACUACUUUCCAUUAGAAAUUGUCAAAUGCUAGACACACUAAAAGAGGAGCUACCCAGUACGCUGGAGUAUUUGAUUAUCCUAUCAUGCCCCAUUCUGAAGUCAUUUUCACUGAAGAACCUCCCUUCACUCAGGGACCUUUACAUUGAGGACUGUCCUAUGCUCCAGUCCUUGCCCGAGGAUGGGCUUCCCAGCUCUCUUAAACAUUUGCAAAUCAAAACAUGUCCCCUAUUAUCUGAGCGAUGCCAAAAGGAGGGUGGAGGGGGUCCAGAUUGGCCGAGAAUUGCGGACAUUUCUGACCUGGAGAUUGAUAAUUCCCAUAUAGUCGUCCCCUCAACAUCAGUACCAAACCGGCCAGUUUGGUAUCAUCAUUUUCUAUGCUGUAGAGCUUCUUUAACUUCAUUGGAAAAAGAAACAGUGAGGAAGGCGCCAACAGAUUUUUGCUUCACGGUAUACGCAAGGUCACUCUAUAUCACUUGGGGUAAUCGUGAAAACUGGAAUUGGAAUAGUUUCAAGGAAACAAGUGAUGAAAACAUUGAAGUCGUAGCAAAACUUUCUCAUGUUUGUUGGCUGGACGUGAGAGGAAGAUUGGAUUUGUCAAAGCUCUCCCCAGAAGUUGUCUAUGAAAUUGUGUAUGUGGUCAAGUUGACAGAGGGGGCUUCUGGGUGGGAACUCCCUAUCCAACUUAUACUUUCACUCCCAGAUGGAAGAGGUCAAGAACGCCAAGUUAGCCUUUUAGAGAAGCCUAGAAGACAAUGGAUAGAGCUCAAUGUAGGCAACUUCCAGAGGAAGAAUGGAGAAUUGGGAGAAGUGAGCUUCCUUAUUUGUGAGCAUGGAGGACAUUGGAAACGCGGACUCAUUAUUAAAGGAGCCGUCAUUAGGCCAAAACAGACUUGAAUGCAAAAAUGCUCGUUGUUUUUAACAAGAGGCAUGUGCGCUUAUGAUAAUAAUCCAUAUUUGUUAGGUGUUCCCAUAUAUUGGCUGUAUUCGAUUAUUUGUUUGUUCACUGUUAGGUGCUUGGUGGAAGUGCCUCUAUGUAAGAUUAAAUUUCCAAACAAUAAGAAUCAUUAGCAUA